CCACUCCAGGUGCAGCUGGUCUCCCGCUGCCGCUGGGUGGUGGAGGGGGCAACUCUCUAAGCGCGGCGCUCGGUCACUGGGCUGCGCUGAUUCCCAGCCCCAUGACAGCCGGAGGCACCCGGGACCGCUAAGAGAGGUGGUGAGAGGGACUAUCGAACAGGGCGGAGCUGGACUGAGGGGUCCUGCUCUCUUAUUCCCUUUCUACUGGAAAAGAGGGUCUACGGGGGCUGCAGGCAUAUGUGCCAAACGGGGGCUGCUGCCCGCAGGAGGGACCAGGGUAGGACGACCUGGACCCCUCUCCUCCCCUCCCCUGGCAGGCAGUACCUCCUCUACGCCCCCACCUGCACGGUCCAGGCCGAGCUCACUGACCACUCGCGCGUCCCCUGCCCUGGAGCCGCGAUCCUGCGCGCCAUGGAAGCCGCUAACCUCUCAGUGGCCACCGCCGGCAUUGCCCUUGCCCUGGGACCCGAGAUCUGCAGCAGUAGCCCAAGCCCAAGCGGGAUCCUCAGUUCGACCCCGGUUAGUGCCGUCCGGCAGGGUCGGGAGCCUCCCUUCUCUGUCUUCACGGUGCUUGUGGUGACGCUGCUAGUGCUGCUGAUCGCCGCCACUUUCCUGUGGAACCUGCUGGUUCUGGUCACCAUCCUGCGGGUCCGUGCCUUCCAUCGCGUGCCGCAUAACUUGGUGGCCUCGACGGCCGUCUCGGACGUACUAGUGGCAGCGCUGGUGAUGCCACUGAGCCUGGUGAGUGAGCUGUCGGCCGGGCGACGUUGGCUGCUGGGCCGGAGCCUGUGCCACGUGUGGAUCUCCUUCGACGUGCUGUGCUGCACGGCCAGCAUCUGGAACGUGGCGGCCAUCGCCCUGGACCGCUACUGGACCAUCACGCGCCACCUGCAGUACACGCUGCGCACCCGCCGCCGCGCCUCGGCGCUCAUGAUCGCGCUCACCUGGGGGCUGUCUGCGCUCAUCGCGCUCGCGCCGCUGCUUUUUGGCUGGGGCGAGGUGUACGACGCUCGGCUCCAGCGCUGCCAGGUGAGCCAGGAACCCUCCUAUGCCGUCUUCUCCACCUGCGGCGCCUUCUACCUGCCGCUUGGCGUGGUGCUAUUCGUCUACUGGAAGAUCUACAAGGCGGCCAAGUUUCGUUUCGGCCGCCGCCGGAGAGCUGUGCUGCCGUUGCAGGCCACCACGAAGGUAAAGGAAGCACCUGAUGAGGCUGAAAUGGUGUUCACAGCACAUUGCAGAGCAACAGUGGCCUUUCAGGCGAGUGGCGACUCCUGGCGGGAGCAGAAGGAGAAGCGAGCAGCCAUGAUGGUGGGAAUUCUGAUUGGUGUGUUUGUACUGUGCUGGAUCCCCUUCUUCCUGACAGAGCUCAUCAGCCCACUCUGUGCCUGCAGCCUGCCCCCCAUCUGGAAAAGCAUAUUUCUGUGGCUUGGCUACUCCAAUUCUUUCUUCAACCCCCUGAUUUACACAGCUUUUAACAAGAACUACAACAAUGCCUUCAAGAGCCUCUUUAAUAAGCAGAGAUGAAGACGGGUUAGAGAGACAUGGGUAGAGUUGUAAAGAGGAAGGAAACUUGGACUUGUUCAUCAGUAAUCUGAGAUCCUUCCCUCCACAGCUGAGUGCUAAUGCUGUCUGGAGAGUUAUACCAUUGGGCCUGGACUGUACAAGCAGCAGAGCCAAGGCUGUCAAGAAAGACAGCAUAGGUCUGGCAGGGGUUGUAACUAUGCCUUCUUCCCAUGUGCAUGGCAGAUGUUGCCAGUCGGUCAUGGCUUCUCUCCCCACUGAGCAACAACUCCGUCUCAGAAUCCUUUCCAGGACAGCACUCUAGGCAGCUACUGUUGAUUGUUUAAAAUGGAUGCAAGAGUUGAAGCUGAUUUGCUUUUCCUUUCUUAAUAGUAUAUUUCUCAGAAGGGGUUUCUCAGCACUCAAGAGAUUUCCUUCUUUGUGAAAAGAGCCCUGUCUACGUCUUUUAUCAACCUUACUUAUCUUCCCCAGCCUCUUAUGCUUCCCCAAUAGGAUAGUGUAUCCCAAUUUGUGAGAUGAGGAGGAGUCCUUCAUCAGUGAAAGAUGCUUCUGGAUAUUUAGGUUUCUCUGUAAGCCAAUUAAAUUGGCAUUUCUGGGAGGUGCAACCCCAGGCAACAGUGUUUUUUAGAAUUUGUCAGGCAAUUCAUUUCUAGCUCAGAAUCAUUCUUGUGGUGUACACACAGGCAUAAGACACCAAGAUGGGAAAAAUGAUGCCCAUUGUAGGACUCAAAACCAACAAUCCUUCACCCCCACCCAAAACUGCCAUAGUGACUCAUAGCCUUCCAGAAAAUGUUAAAUGUAGCCCAGAUGUAUAGGAAUCCAAAGGCAUGGACUACAUCAUCUUGGCCAUAGUCUACCUCAUUUUGGAGGCAGAAUAACUGUCUAUUGCUUUUUAAUUUGCACAAAAGGUUCUGCUCCACCAUUGGCUCAUUUGAUAACUGAGUUAUAUAGACAUUCUUCACACUUAUACUAAAAAGUACCAGUAUUUUCCAGUAUUUUAAGGUUUAUCAGAGAAUACAGGUCCACAGUUCCUUUUUCAAAGCCUUUGGGAUCAGAUGUGUUUCAGAAUCAAUAAUUAUUUUGGAGAUUUAGAAAGGCAUACACACACACACACACACACACACACAUUAUAUAUGCCUUUCUAAAGUUUUAAAAAAAAAUUAACUAUAAGUCAAUUAAAAAAUUCCCUCAGACAUGCCUGAAGAAACACGGCCAUAUUUAAAGGAAAAAAAGUAGCGUAAUUUGUGCAUUACACAUGACCAAAUUAAUAAAACUCUUCCAUUAGCCACACCAUCCUACAAGCCUGGAACUUUGUGAAAUUAAAUUGUGACAGCUUAGUGAUGGCUUAGAAAAUAAAUCCUUAUUUUAUAAGGUAUCAUUUCUAGAGAUGUAUCUUCUAGUCUAUAAGUUAGAAAACACCCCUGACUGGGCCUAGGACAGCUGCAUGUCAUCAAUACCUGAAUAUUUCCACAGUAAUAUGUGUGAAUAUAUACCUUGUAAGAAAAGGACUAGAAAUAGCCUCAUAUUAGUGCAGGUCAUUUAAGUCAUUUGAAUCAGAUCAUUGGUAUUGUAAAAUGAGUUACAAACACUUGUUUUCUCAACUCUUGAGAAAGUACAUGGACCAGUAUAACCUCAAGCUAAAUACAGUUCUAGCUCGGCUAGGUGCCAAUCCUGUUAAAAGGAGGAAUUCUGAAGAGAGUCUGGGAAGAAUACAUGGUCCAUACAUUCCAUUGUUGCUAGAGAUUGGGACAUCAUGAAGGUAAGUAGUAUGGCACCCUAAACACCCUUCUUGGAGUUGUGUUUUAGAAUUCUGUUCUUUUUCAUUAGGAGAUACAGGAAACAUUCUUUUAAAGCCCAUCAAUGCAUCUCAUAUAAGGAUGUAUUUAAUCAUCCUAUUACAUUCUUUGUGAAGGUGUGUUUUCUUUUCAUGAUAAUGAGAAUUAUUAAUUGACUGUGUUUCCAUUUUCAUUUUGAUGAGGAAGAAGCACAGAACCAAAUUCCUUUACUCUGGAAUUUAAAUAAAACCCAGUAACCUACUUAUUUGUGUAUAAUGUUUCCAGCCAGUCUCUAAUUCCAAUUUUAGAUUUCCCUAUCCCAGCAUUUUAUGUUCAGUUUUUAGCUUACUGUCAUUCUGCUUGUUUCCUACAAGCCACCUCACAUCCCGUGAAUUAAGGAGGUGGUGAAACAGGUAGGUAUGUAGUUACCAGUCAAAUGAUACACUCAGUUAUCCAUCAUUAUCUUUUAAGGGCCAGAGCUCAAGCUUGUGUCCAUUGAAGAUUUUCCCUUGUUGAGUGAAAUAUAAUAGGGAGUAUGAAUAAUUUCCCCAUCUCUCCCUUCAUAAAAUGCACAUUCUGGAAUAAAUUUUAUAAGUAGUGUUUAUUGAGCACCAGUCAUGUACAGCUGUUGUACUGGAUUUUAUAUACAAAUGAUCACUUACUACUGCAUUCACUCUAUAAGGUAAAUAUAGUCCUCACUUUACUACAUUCUAAGAGGGUGAAUAGCUUGUCCAUGGUCACACAGUGAGUACACAGCCAACAGGUAUUUGGACUCAAGUCUGCCUGUAUCCAAACAUGAGAAAGAUGAAAGGAAUCUAACAGAAACCUGACUAGACUCCAUGUUUCAACUGUGGCUUGCAUUUUGCAGCAGGAGAUCUGCAUGAACCUUUGCAGACUGCACCUGAUAUAGUGGAUCCUCUUGCAUUAUUCUAGUUGGAUUCCAGGAAGAAGGUUUCAAGGAGGGUCAGGGUAUGGUUGGGUAGACAUCUGUAGAAUUUUUUGGUUUAUUCUUGCUAUUGGAUAGUGUGCUUUUAUUAUCGUGUUUAUUCGGCAGGGGCUUUGACUUAACAUUCUAUCAUUAUGGAAGCAUCUGGGCAGAAGGAAUCACAUUUAUGUCUAGAUUUCCUUAAAAGAAAACUAUUUGCUUGCUAAUUUGGUGACAACUUCUGCUGGAUAUUUUAGACUUCAAACUUUUCUCUAGUCAGUAAAGCCUUCUUGAACUGCUCACUAUAACUAAAAUGUUGAAUUCCUGAAAUGGAUCAGUUGAUGAUUGACUUUAUGCAAGGAUGCACUUAUGAUUCCUUUUAAUUCAGAGUAAACAAAAUGGAAUUCUA